UCUCUACAUUUCGAGCAACAAGCAAAAACAUAUUGAGAAAAAUAGCUAGUUUCAAUAGAACUGAUUGUCACUUCGUUCGUCUUCUAUCCUGAUGGCCUGCAAUUGCUGAUGAUGUUCUUAUCUCCCAUCGGCGGGUAUCGCCGACAAUGUUCGUUUUCAAUCAUAUUCAGAACGUAUUCGUUAGCAAGGCGAGACGGUUGUGCUAACGCGGGUUCGUUACUUACAAACUUGUUUCUUAUUCCAUGUAAAAAUUGUAUACAUAUAUACGAAAAUUAAACGUAAAACUAAUUACGUGUAGUCAAAGAUAUUGUGGAACGAUGUCGGACAAGGCCAUAAAUAUAGCACUUGUAUUUUUUGUGAAUGGAAAGAAGGUUACAGAUCCUAAUCCCGAUCCAGAAUGCACUCUCCUGACCUAUCUGCGAGACAAUCUUCGAUUGUGUGGCACCAAAUUGGGAUGCGCCGAAGGAGGAUGCGGAGCGUGUACAGUAAUGAUAUCGAGAUUGGAUCGUUCAAAUAAUAAGAUUCAUCAUUUGGCGGUUAAUGCUUGUUUAACUCCCGUCUGUGCCAUGCAUGGUUGUGCUGUGACGACUGUAGAGGGUAUUGGCAGUACCAGGACACGUCUGCAUCCGGUGCAAGAACGUUUGGCCAAGGCCCAUGGAUCACAGUGUGGUUUCUGUACACCGGGAAUUGUGAUGUCCAUGUAUGCUUUGUUAAGAAAUGCCACCCAACCCUCUAUGCGGGAUCUGGAGGUGGCAUUUCAGGGAAAUCUCUGUCGCUGCACCGGAUAUCGACCAAUUCUGGAGGGCUACAAGACUUUUACCAAGGAGUUUGCCUGUGGCAUGGGUGAGAAAUGUUGUCGCUUGCGUGGUCAGGAUCAAAAUGACAAGACUGAGGAUCAAGUUGAUGAUAAACUAUUUGAGCAAAGUGAAUUUCAGCCAUUCGAUGCGAGUCAGGAACCAAUAUUUCCACCGGAAUUGCAGCUAACGUCAUCGUAUGACAGCCAGAGUUUGAUAUUCCGUUCGGACAGAGUUAGCUGGUAUCGUCCAACCACAUUGCAGGAACUGCUAAACCUUAAGUCUGAAUAUCCAGCUGCCAAGUUAAUUGUGGGCAACACAGAAGUGGGAGUAGAAGUCAAGUUCAAGCACUUUCUCUAUCCUGUUCUCAUAAAUCCCAUUCAAGUUCCAGAACUCUUGGAGAUUCAUGAGUCUGAGGAUAGCAUUUAUUUUGGGGCUGCCGUUAGCCUAAUGGAAAUUGAUCAUCAUCUUCGCCAGCGCAUUGAGGAAUUACCAGAGUGGCAGACACGAUUAUUCCAAUGCUCUGUAGACAUGCUCCAUUAUUUUGCGGGUAAACAAAUUCGGAAUGUUGCCUGUUUGGGUGGUAAUAUUAUGACUGGAAGCCCCAUAUCCGAUAUGAAUCCUGUUCUAACGGCAGCGGGAGUUCGCCUUAAGGUUGCCGGUCUCGUAGAUGGUAAACUAAGGGAACGUUUUGUUAACAUGGGAAAUGGUUUCUUUACCGGCUACCGUCGCAAUGUAAUUGAACCCUACGAGGUACUCCUGGGAAUAUAUUUCCAGAAGACAACCCAAGAUCAGUAUGUGGUGGCCUUUAAGCAGGCUCGAAGGCGGGACGAUGAUAUUGCCAUUGUUAAUGCAGCCUUCAAUGUUAAAUUCGCGGCCAAUUCGAAUGUGGUGAAGGAGAUUAGCAUGGCAUUUGGUGGAAUGGCACCCACAACUGUUUUGGCUCCGCGUACCUCUGAGCUAAUGAAUCAGCAGGAAUGGAAUCACAAUUUGGUGGAACGUGCCACAGAGAGCCUUUGCGGUGAGCUGCCGCUAGAUGCCACUGCACCGGGUGGAAUGAUCGCCUAUCGUCGUUCCUUGGUUGUUAGCCUGUUCUUUAAGGCGUAUCUCGCCAUCAGUCGAAAACUUUGUGAUGCUGGCAUUAUAGCAGCGGAUUCAUUAUCCCCCAAAGAGCGUAGUGGGGCCGAUACGUUUCACACUCCGGUUCUACGGAGUGCCCAACUCUUUGAACGCGUUUCCAGUGAACAAAACAGUUGCGAUCCCAUCGGAAGGCCCAAAAUUCAUUCUUCAGCUCUGAAACAGGCUACGGGUGAGGCCAUUUACACGGACGAUAUUCCACGAAUGGAUGGUGAAGCAUAUCUGGCUUUAGUCCUUAGCACCAAGGCUCGUGCCAAGAUUACCAAACUCGAUGCUAGCAAAGCCCUUGAGUUACCAGGUGUUCAUGCCUUCUUUAGCCAUGCAGAUUUGACCAAGCACGAGAAUGAAGUGGGUCCAGUUUUCCAUGAUGAGCAAGUGUUUGCAGACGAGGAGGUUCAUUGCGUGGGACAGAUUGUUGGAGCCAUAGUGGCAGACAGCAAGGCUCUAGCUCAGCGAGCAUCUCGUCUAGUGCAAGUGGAGUACGAGGAGUUGUCUCCUGUAGUAGUUACCAUUGAGCAGGCCAUAGAACACCAAACCUAUUUUCCCGGUAGCCCACGUUAUAUGACCAAGGGCAAUGUGGAGGAGGCCUUUGCUGCGGCCGAUCAUGUCUAUGAGGGCGGUUGCCGCAUGGCCGGUCAGGAGCAUUUCUAUCUGGAAACGCAUGCAGCAGUGGCCACGCCUCGUGAUAGUGAUGAAUUGGAGCUGUUCUGCUCUACUCAGCAUCCUUCGGAAGUGCAAAAGUUGGUUUCUCAUGUCACUGGAUUGCCUUCCCAUCGCAUUGUUUGUCGAGCCAAGCGACUGGGAGGUGGUUUUGGUGGCAAAGAGUCGCGGGGUAUAAUGGUGGCUCUGCCUGUCGCACUUGCUGCUUAUCGACUUCGUCGGCCCAUUCGUUGCAUGUUGGAUCGGGAUGAGGAUAUGCUUAUCACAGGAACACGCCAUCCAUUCCUCUAUAAGUAUAAAGUGGGAUUCACCAAAGAGGGCUUGAUUACAGCCUGCGAUAUUGAAUGCUAUACAAAUGCUGGCUGGUCAAUGGAUUUGUCCUUUUCCGUCUUGGAUCGAGCUAUGCACCACUUUGAGAACUGUUACCGAAUACCUAAUGUUCGUGUGGGUGGUUGGAUUUGCAAAACGAAUCUGGCCUCUAAUACGGCUUUUCGUGGUUUUGGCGGUCCGCAAGGAAUGUUUGCGGGAGAGCACAUCAUUAGGGAUGUUGCCCGCAUUACGGGCCGUGAUGUGGUCGAUGUGAUGCGCUUAAAUUUCUAUAAAACCGGCGACUUGACACACUACAAUCAGCAGUUGGAACGUUUUCCCAUUGAGCGUUGUCUUCAGGAUUGUCUUGAGCAGUCUCGUUACAACGAGAAAUGUGUAGAGGUUGCACAGUUCAACUCGGAGAAUCGUUGGCGUAAGCGUGGCAUAGCCGUAGUGCCCACCAAAUAUGGAAUAGCCUUCGGUGUAAUGCAUCUCAAUCAGGGCGGUGCCCUAAUUAAUAUCUAUGCCGAUGGAUCGGUAUUACUUUCCCAUGGCGGUGUGGAAAUCGGACAGGGUCUUAACAUUAAGAUGAUACAGUGUGCUGCUCGUGCAUUGGGCAUACCCAUAGAAUUGAUUCACAUAUCGGAGACAUCCACCGACAAGGUGCCAAAUACAUCGCCUACGGCGGCUAGCGUGGGUUCAGAUUUGAAUGGAAUGGCUGUGCUCGAUGCCUGUCAGAAGCUCAAUAAACGCUUGGCGCCUAUUAAGGAACUCCUGCCCGAAGGUACCUGGCAAGAGUGGAUUAAUAAAGCCUAUUUCGAACGGAUUAGUUUGUCUGCCACGGGUUUCUACGCCAUUCCCGAUAUAGGCUAUCAUCCGGAGACAAAUCCCAAUGCUCGCACCUACAGCUACUACACGAAUGGAGUGGGUAUUAGUACUGUAGAAAUCGACUGUCUCACAGGAGAUCAUCAGGUCCUUAGCACGGACAUUGUCAUGGACAUAGGAUCGAGUAUUAAUCCUGCCAUUGACAUUGGCCAAAUUGAGGGAGCCUUUAUGCAGGGCUAUGGCCUCUUUACCCUCGAAGAGCUGAUGUACUCGCCAAAGGGAGUGCUCUAUUCCCGUGGACCGGGAAUGUACAAGUUGCCCGGAUUUGCCGACAUUCCUGGAGAAUUCAAUGUCAGCCUUCUGACUGGUGCCCCCAAUCCACGCGCCGUCUACUCAUCAAAGGCUGUGGGCGAACCUCCACUCUUCAUUGGAUCGGCUGUCUUCUUUGCCAUCAAGGAUGCCAUAUCAGCUGCCCGCAAGGAGCACGGCUUGACUGAGGAAUUUUCAGUUGAGGCACCUCUAACCUCGGCGCGAAUACGCAUGGCCUGCGAAGAUAACUUUACUAAUUUGAUUAAAAUGCCAACCAAAGGUUCAUAUACUCCAUGGAAUAUUGUCCCCUGAAAAUGCUUUAAAGCCAAUUUGUUUUAUAUAAAGUGCAUUAACUUUAGUUUACAUAAGAGUUUUUUAAAACGAAUAUUAAUAAAUAUUUUAUUGAAUAUCAAUUUAAAAAAUAAAAUAUACCUAGAUU